CAGUUCUCUUUCAGUUUAUAUCAGAGAGCCCAAUGGAGUCUUUCGAAGGACCUAGUCAGGUUAGCAAGGCUAACUUAUUAGAAGUCCCUACUGUAAACGAUUACUUUUCUGAAGAUGAAGAUGUUAAACCUGACAUUAAACACCGUUUCUCUCCACUUCCCCGAAGGCGGAAUUCUGCUUCUUCAGAGGAAGAGGAGGCAGAUGCUCCUACCACCAUUGCAAGAAAGGUUUCAUUUGCUGAUGCAUUUGGGUUUGAUCUUGUGUCUGUUAAAGAGUUUGAUAGCUGGGAAAUUCCAAACAUAGCACAAAAUAAUGACUUAGAAGACGACGCUUUCACUCAAGAGGAAUUUUUUUUAACUCAGCUAUUUACAUUACCUACUUCCCAAGAAGAAGUUUUGCAAAAAGUGCGAGAACAUAAAGUACUGUUGGAGUCAAUUGUGUUCCUGCCUGGGAUUACCUGUAUGAACGGCAUUAUACGAGUCCUCAAUGUGUCUUUUGAAAAAUUGGUGUAUGUUCGAAUGACACUGGAUGACUGGGCCAGUUACUACGAUAUCCUAGCAGAGUUCAUGCCUAAUUCUUGUGGCAGUGAAACUGACCAGUUCUGCUUUAAGAUUUCUUUGGUGCCUCCUUAUCAGAGAGAUGGAGCCAAAGUGGAAUUCUGUAUACGAUAUGAAACAUCAAUUGGUACCUUCUGGGCAAACAACGACGACAAAAACUACACACUGAUUUGUCACAAGAAAGAAACUGUGCCCAAGUUGGAUGAUAAACCACACAAAGAAAGUGCUGAUAGACAUCUUAAAGGCUGCUUAAAGACGGCACCAAGCAGCAAAGAAGAAAUAUUGGAAACAUCAGAUGGUGACAUAUGGAAUAAUUCAAGGACUUCAGAUGCAAACAUCCCAGAGAUUGUUUGUUCACAAGCAGAAGACAAAGAGAAUGCACCAGCUGAUGAAAAUAUAAAAGAUAAAAAUGCAGAAUACAACCAGGGUGAUCACGAAGAUGAUGAAAAAGAAUUAGAGUUGCUGCUAAAUCAGCACUUCACAGGAGCUAAAGGUACCUCUUCCAGAGAUGAAAGGAAUUUAGACACAACAGAACCAGUUAAUUUUCCAAGUGAAGCUAUAAGACUGGAGAAAAAUCUAACCCAUGUAGAAAGAAGCAGUGACUUGCUGAGGCACCCAGUGCCUAUCAGUUCCUUAUCUGAAAAUACUUCACAAGUGAUAGGAGAAGAAUUAAAAGGCAAUGCUAAGUAUUCCAUAGGAGGUUAUAAUAGUCACCCAUCAGAAAAGGAAGACUCUGCUGGCUCAGCAAGCAGCAGCAAACAGUCUUGGGAUUCUACUGGUAUCAGUGAAACCUUUUCAUCGGCAAAAUACUUCCCUGGAACAAAGCAGAAUGAGGCUAUCAAUACUGCGGCUACUGUCUCAAGCCGACAAGGAGAGAGCCACAAAGAUAUUACAAGAGGUGAAGCAGAUAGUGCCUCAGGAAGUAAGAUGAUGGAGAGGUUAUUCAUCAGUGAGGAUGAUACCUCGAAAGAGGCCUGUGAAAUGAGACCAGCAGCCAUUUCUUCAGUGCAUGAUGAAUCCUUGCAAUUAAAAGCAUGCAUAACAGGAACGCUGGAUGGCAAUGCUAAUCCAGCUCCAGAGCACCAAGUGCCAAAAAUAUCUCACCAUACUCUGGAUUCAUUGUCAUCAACUGCUGACAAAAACGAAGGAAAAAUUGAGAUGAUUGAAAGCAAAGUUCAGGCACAUUUAAAAGGAGAUUUACAUACCGACACUUUUGCAUACACUGAUGUCUCAAUGGAAUCCACAAAAAGCCAAUGUACACACAAAAAAGGAGUUUGUGAAUUGUCAGAAAAGAAUUAUAACACUGAUACAGAGAAGGAGAAAAGAGUCAUUGAAAUAGCAGAUUUAGCACUAAUUGGAGAGGAAGAAGCACCCGAGCCUUUCAAGUUUCACAGAAAACAUGCCUUCAGAGCAUCGUUCCUGCCAGAUGAAGACAACAAGUACAGCGCCAGGCCUGCACAAGCAGGACCUGGGGCUUACUUGCCAGAGAAUGAAAGCAGAGCUGAAGAUGCUCAGGAACACAGAGGAUUCACAAGGUUAAAAGACAGAGGAAAGACAGAGAAUGGAAAUAAAGGAGGACUGACAGGGACAGAAAGUGAAGAAAACGCCACUGGACAGGCGUGGAAGCGAGCAGAUAGUGGGGUGCGGUGGGCAGCAGGGAGUGAUGCAGGGGCUCAGAGCUCAUGUACCCAAGAGUUAUUUACCUGCCAAGAGGCAGAAAGCUGUGAAAAGUCUCCUGUCUCCGAGCACAGUAUUAAAGGGAAAGCAGAAGCAGGUACAGCUUAUACAAUUAAAACAACAUCAGAAAGUGCUCCAGAAAAAAUGUCUGCCAGUGAAAAAGCAGUAAUUGCUAAGCUACCUCAAGAGAUUGCACUAAGUGACAGGCCCACAGAGGAAAAGGAAACAGCGUUUGAUACACAUGAAGGGAGAAAUGAUGGUUCACAUUAUGCUCUUUGUCAACUCAACACAGUGGGUGUAUUAUAUGACACCGAAUUUGAAAAGGAAUCAGUUUUAGAUAUUUAUAAUGCACGUGUACAUGAAACACUGCAAGGAGAAACGAUGUCUGUAUGCAAUAGCAGGGAAAAAUGUGCCAAAGCAAAACCAGACAUUGGAGAUAUUCUGCCUGCAGAAGGAGCUGUGAAAGCUUCUUCUGCAGAAAAGAAAGAAGGCUUGGGGCAAGGCUUACAUUCAGAAGAAGUAUCUAAAUAUUCCCAAAGUGCCCAGAAGCAUCGCUACAGUGAAGAAUUGGCAGAGCUCUAUAGCGAAGAGAGCUACCUUGGAACACCUUCCUAUUUGCAUGUCAAAACUCAAACAAAAACACCAACUUCUGGUACAAACACUAUUCCCAGUUACCACUAUAAAAGCCCUCCACUGUCGUCUUUCACAGCAGACAUGGACCAUCCAUAUAUUCACUCUGAAUUCAAAGUCAUUGAAAAGGUUGUUGCCGAGUCAGGAUAUGAUUUAAGUCUCCCAAAUGAAAUGAAACAUAUUAAUAAAUGCCUCUUUCCUGAAGCUGAAAGAAAAGAAGUACCUUCCACUUCAGACACAACCGUUGCUAGAGAAGAUAGAGGAAGCAAUAUAGGUCAAUGUUUCCAUCAAGCAGAGUUCAAGCAAGAGAAGUCAUUGAGGCCAGAAAUUUCAAUUAGUAAGGCUACCAAAGAAGUUGCUGGGAGAGGCUCUGAUUCUCACCAUUUAAUAACUGAGGGGAAAACACUAAAUUGGCUUGAUGACUCGCAGAAUGAAAAACAGAACAUUUCUCAUUCUGCAGAUAUGUCUGACCAGAAUAGUGAAGAACAGAUGCUGUCUAGUGAGACUCCAGGUUUAAAAGAGAUUGGUUGCAAAAUCUUUUGUUUCUUCUUCUUUCUUGUGUUUGCUGCAACACUUUACCACUAUGAUUUGAUGGUUUGUCUUGCACUCUACCUGUUCUCCUUGUACUGGCUCUACUGGGAAGGAAGAAGAAGCAAAGAGUCUGUCAAGAAGGAAUAACAUUAUUUGAUUAUCAACCGUGCUCAAGAUCCAUGGUCAAUAGUUUCCAACCCCUCCAAAGCAUUUCCACUGUUAAAGAGAUUAUUCAUUGUUAGAAACAAAUCAAGGUUUCUACUGAAGCAUCUUUUUAAAAAGAUUACAUAUGAAGUUGAGCCUUCAUAUACGUAAUUAUACUUUAGGACCAUCAUGUUUGGAUCAUUAAAUACCUAUAUGAAUAUGAGAUCUGAAGCACGUCAAGUUAAAAUGAAAUACAGCUGUUGCUCUUUAGCACACUAUGAAGAGGCAAUGCUUCAUAUCUCUUUAGCACUUAAAAACACCAUUUUGUUGCAUUAAUUUCUUUUGCAGUUAAGCUUCAUAUUUUUCAGAGUUUUUUUUUUUUUUUAAAGAUUUUGUGUAGUACAUAAAAACACAGGGAAAGGUGUAAUAACUAACUCAGUAUUUUGGCACUGAUACUGCAGUUGAUAAUCUGCUAGUGUAAUUAGUCAACACUCUAAGAAAUAUGACAUCUGAUGAUAGGUUAAUUGUUUUGUCCCAGAUUUUUAUUUCAUUGUUUUGACUUAGUGCUACAUUGAUACAUCUGUUUGAAAAACGUAAGGUUAGACUCCAGUUGCAUCAUAUAGCUUUUUGGAUGUAGCUGUGUAGAUGAACAGACAUGCUGUUUCCACCCCUGUGGCUGAAAAGAUCGAAGCCCACAGCCACAGGCUGUUUAUGCACUUCCACAAACAUUUUUCUUUUAUUUGUAAAUGAAGAUUAUGUAACAUGAUUGAGAAUUUCAUUGAACUGAGUGUUAUCCCAGGCAAACGCUUUGAAUUGCAUUUUUUUUUCCACCAGUGUUGCUUGAGCAUAUCUAAAAAGCAUUAAAUAAAUUUUACAAAGGAGUGCUA